UCGAGGAAGAAGCAGAAGAAACAGAAACAGCAGAAACGAUGGAAGGAAACCGGGACGAAGCUGAAAAAUGUAUAAAAAUCGCCACCAGAGCCCUCGAAGAUGGCGAUAAAGAGAAGGCUUCGAAGUUCCUCAACAAAGCAGAAAAACUGUAUCCGACCCAGAAAGCCAAAAUAUUGCUGGAAGCGUUGCUGAGGAAUGAAACUGCAGCCGGGACUGGCAGAAAACGAGCCAAUGGAGCACAGCCAGAAACCCAAACCCCACACGAGACACAGAACCAGGACUCGGCAGCUGCAGAUACAAGUAAAACAUUUACCCAGGAGCAGACUGAAGGUGUACAGAGUAUAAAGAGAUGUAAGGAUUUCUAUGAGGUACUUGGUAUCAGUAAAGAUGCUAGUGAUGAGGAACUAAAAAAGGCCUAUAGGAAACUGGCUUUAAAGUUCCAUCCUGACAAAAAUCACGCGCCAGGAGCGACUGAAGCCUUUAAGAAGAUCGGAAAUGCCUAUGCGGUGCUCAGUAACCCAGACAAGAGAAGGCAGUACGAUGAGUAUGGUGGAAAUGAACCCAGCAGCCCAAGUCACAGCUCUCAUGGAAACUUUGACUUCCACCGAGGCUUUGAGGCCGAUAUUACACCUGAAGAUCUUUUCAACAUGUUCUUCGGGGGCGUCUUCCCUUCGCAGACCACGCACACGUUCACCAACGGCAGAGCACAUUACAGUCGCCAGACGGACCAAACCAGAGAGCGAGCGGAGGAAAGAGGAGAAGGUGGCUUCUCCAUGUUUAUUCAACUGAUGCCCAUCGUCGUGCUGAUCGUGGUGUCGGUUCUCAGCCAGCUGCUGGUGUCCACGCCGCCCUAUAGUCUGUACUCCAGACCGUCCACUGGACAGACUAUUAAGAGACAAACAGACAAUCUGCAUGUAGACUAUUAUGUCAGCCGAGAUUUUAAAUCCGAGUUCAAGGGCUCAGUCUUGCAGAAGAUCGAGAAGAGUGUGGAGGACGACUACGUUUCCAACGUGCGCAACAACUGCUGGAAGGAGAGGCAGACGAAAACGGAUCUGCUGUACGCUUCUAAGGUCUACAGGGAUGAGCGACUACGGAAGAAGGCUGAGCUCAUGACCAUGGACAACUGCAAAGAGCUGGAAAGACUGAACGACCUUUUCCGCGGAGGGUGAACCAGAGGCUUACCGACGCUGAGAAUAUUUGAAAGACACGAUAGAAUUCUAUGUUAAUGUUUCUUGCAUUGUUUUUAACAUGAUGAUAGAAUGAAACUAAUAUUAGAAUUGUUUUGAAAAUCCCUCACCUUCCACUGGAAUAUGUUUUGCUGUAUAGCUCAGUCGACUGACCAAAAGUAGGCUACUAGAGCCAUCAGGUGUAUAUAUACGAUAUUAUAUAUACUGUACAUAACAUAAUAUAAUUUCUUAUUCUUAAGUCAUCUUUUAGUUCAAAGUGCUUUAGACAGGCAAGGAGAUAACGUUUAAACAAGAAUCAAAGAAAUAAAAGUUUACAUUUAAAAAUGUAUUUAAAUGUGUGCAAAGCAGCGAAAUGAGAACUAAGGAAAUAUAUUGCUCAGACAAUAAAUGCACAGGUAACUGGAUGUAUUUGGACUGAAACCUGGGCCUCAUCUGACUUCUUCUGUAUGUUAGUUCCAGCUGUAUGUGGUCGAGGAGCAAAACUCUGUCUAGCCAUGCUUGGUUAUAAUUCAUCUGACCUCAGUGAUCUCGUUGUUUUUUUAUAUUUUGAAAACAUAACCGCAGCGCGUUUAGAUUGUAGGCCACAUGAUUUAUAGUCCAGAAGUAGUAUUUUUUGUAUUCUAAAUAACUGGAAGCCAGGGAAAUGCUCAUGGAUUUGGUCCGAAUUGUGUCAGCAGUGUUCGGUGUGGGAUGCCGAUGUCUAAUGGUUUUUUGGUGAGGCUGGUAGUCCGCCCUGCUGCUAAUGGAACGGUGCACUCUAGUUUCUCUAGGAAUUGACCAUUCCUGCAUAGGAAUAGUUUAUUCAUGCUCUGUAUUUAGGUGACUAAAGCGCACAACAAAACAGCUAAAACAUUAAUAAAGUAAAAAUUAAACUCUUCCUAUAAGUGGGAGGUCUAAAAUGGAUAGUGCUGAGGCUCUAGGGCAGGUCUGAGAAAUGUUUUUUUUACGGGGCUGUAAAAAUGUAAAUGAAUAAAAAGUAAUAUUAAGUUUAAUAUGUAACCUGCACUCUGAAGUCCCUCGUGAGAUUACUGCAGCCAUACUCCUUUGUAGUAGCAGCAGCAAAUACUGAAAAUUAAAUAUCCAAUACCUGGCAGCAGUGUGCAACCAGAUGUGUGUUAAAAGGUUUGUAUGAACCACUGGAUUAAAGAAGUUAUCA